AUGGGGUGUAACACACUUAUUGUAUUGCAAGAUGGUUUGUACCAAAGUGUUCGUGUUCCAGAUUGGUUGUAUCCCAAGAACUGUCUGGAGUCCAGGAUGUUGUCUAAAGGCUGUGUGGAGUCCCAGGAUGGUUGUGCCAAAGAAUGGCCCAGGAGUCCCCAGCAAGAUCACAGUUACUACUAUGAAAACAAGACUUACAGAAAUGGACAGUCUUUCACCGCCUACGCUAUGGCUGGCAUGAGUGGCAUUAUGAGUCAGGAUCAGCUUCACGUUUACCUGGGUGGACCAUUAGCUUUCUACGCACAAGGCAUGCUGUUACGUAUGGAAAGCAGCGGUCAGGGCGACCUCGUAACAACCAAAACAUACUUCGAUGAAGAAGUGCUGGACGACUCGUAUGAGGGCUGGGCUGUAGUGAGAGGCACCUUUAGUGGCACAGCAGUGGAGUUCCUCGCUGCUUCCUCUACAGGAUACAAUAAUUCUUUUGGCAAGGUGAGCUUCUACGAUGCCCUGGUGCUGAAGGAGGCAUCGACGAGCUUGUACGGGCAGGAGAUGGGUGCCCAGUUCGGCUACUGUCUGGGGUCAGCAGAUGUGGACGGUGAUGGUGUUGAUGACCUCCUGGUGGGGGCGCCUCUAGCCAGGGCAGGAGACAAACUCCUUCCUGACGCUGGCAAGAUCUACCUCUAUUACUCUCCCUUAGUUCAAGAUGCAGACAAGCUCCCUCCAUCACAGGUGUCUGGGACUGAUGCUUGGGGACGCUUCGGUGCUGCAGUCACCUCUCUCGGCGAUGUUGACCGUGAUGGAUAUGAUGGUGUUUAA